GCUUUAAAAUAAGAACAGGAAAGCAAGGUGGUGAGGUUGUUGUAGUAUGGAGACCCCUGACAAUACGUCACUCCCCGAGUGACAUCACCCGCCGUCGCAACCGGGAACUGAGCUGCCACCACCAACAAGCAUCAACCCACACCUUCCGAGAUCAAGGCUCGACAAGGGUUCAGAAAGCCUAUAUUUGAAUCUUUCUUUCUCUAGCAGCCAGCAAGCUAAUUUAUCGUGUCCCCGCACCCAAUUGCUCCGCAACAACAUGGCACGCAAAUCCAUCCUCUCCGUCAAUGCCGGGUCCUCUUCGGUCAAGCUUACCUUCUAUACCUACGAGAAGACUCCCAAGGUCAUUGCUGCCGCGCAGGUUUCCGGUAUCACUGCCCCACCAGCAAAGCUGAAAUACACCAGUGGCGACAAGCAACACAAAGAGGAACUCAAGGAAAGCAUCAGUACUCCUCAAGAUGCCUUCAAAUUUCUGCUUCAGCGCUGCAUCUCUGAUCCCGAGCUUUCCGAAGUCGCCAGCACAGAUGAUUUAGCCUAUAUCUGUCACCGUGUGGUGCACGGUGGAGACUACGACACGUCUGUUGUGAUCACCGACGAAACUUAUCAUCAUCUCGAGAAACUGGAAGACCUAGCUCCAUUGCACAAUUACUCCGCCCUGGAGAUUAUACGGCAUUGCAGGAAGGAAAUCCCAUCCGUCAGGAGCAUCACCUUCUUUGACUCUGCGUUCCAUCAAACUCUUCCCGAACAUGUCAAGACCUACCCAAUCGACCAGAAGACAGCCAGGUCCAACGGGCUGCGGAAAUAUGGCUUCCACGGCAUCAGUUAUUCGUUCAUUCUGCGCUCUGUUGCGGAGUUCCUAAACAAACCUGCUGACAAGACCAAUAUUAUUGCAAUGCAUAUCGGAAGCGGUGCUUCUAUCUGUGCCAUCAAGGAUGGCAAAUCAGUUGAUACCACGAUGGGACUCACACCGCUAGCCGGAUUGCCAGGCGCUACACGAAGCGGAGACAUUGAUCCAUCCCUUGUGUUCCACUACACCAACGAUGCAGGCAAACUCAGUCCUGCCAGCACCAAAGAAAUGCACAUCAGCACGGCCGAAGAAAUUCUCAACAAAAAGUCCGGCUGGAAAGCCUUGACCGGCACAACCGACUUUGCCCAAAUCGCCGUCGAGAACCCACCGACACGGGAACAUAAACUGGCAUUCGACAUCCUCGUUGACCGCAUCGCGGGCUACCUCGGCAAUUACUUUGUAAAGCUAGACGGCCGUGUCGACGCCUUUGUCUUUGCAGGCGGAAUAGGCGAGAAGAGCGCGCUGCUUCGAAAAGCAGUUAUGGAGAAGUGUCGCUGCCUAGGAUGUGCGGUAGAUCCGGGGAAAAAUGACAAGGGUGCAGGGGAUGGGGAGACGGUAGUGGAUAUUUCUCGGGGUGAUGACAAGGGUCCUAAGGUAUUGAUCUGUCAGACAGAUGAACAGUUUGAGAUGGCAUACGGGUGUGUCAAUCAGUAUGAGAAGCCGUAGAUAGCUACAGCUACCACCUUCUCAGGACAAAUUUGGUAUCUAUUUACGAAGUAAUGAAUCGAGAUAGGAAACUCGUCAUAAGACCUCAUGCCCAAUGUAGGCAUCCCUUUCCUCAGGCAUGCAGUCUCCUGUAUGG